AGUCUCAUUUGAAGUUCGGUAACACAAGUCAUUCCAUGUAAUAAAAUCAGGCAGCUAGUUCUCCGGAUAUCAUUAUAACACAAGAGGCUAGCAAUACAACCACACGUUACAGUAUUUACUAUACAACGCGUACGAACUCAUCGAUAACUUAAAAUCGAACUUGUGCAUGAGAAAAAAAACGUAGUUUGACAAAUGAUUCGACUUUCUGGAUUAUUGGGAAUACAAUAACGAUGUUAUUAAGCGAGAUUCUUUUUUAUCUUGUCGCGGUAUUACGUUGUAACUGUAAAAAAUUACAAAACCACCGUGAGACGCCGUUUUUCUCAUAAACUGAAAUUUGGACUAUUUAAAAAUUGCUAGCAGACACGUAUCGAUGUCUCGAUUCGCACCGAACCUCUUAAAAAAAUACAAAUUAUGGCCGCAGUGGUUCGCAGUACUAGAAGUAAUGAUGUUAUCUAUGUCGAUCGGUAUGACAGGCGGCUGGGCUUCGCCCUAUUUAGCGAAAUUAACGAGCAAAAAUUCGUCACUUCCAAUAACGGAAGCCGAGGCAUCCUGGGUAGCAUCGAUUCUGAGUAUAGGAAGAAUAUGUGGCUCGAUACUCGGUGCGAUAUUCGUGGAGGUACUUGGCAGCAAAACGUCACUGUUGCUCAGCGGAAUACCACAGGCUGCUAGCUGGGUGCUUCUGAUAAUCGCCAAUUCGGUGGAAUGGAUCUAUGCAGCCAGAACAUUGGCCGGCGUAGCACUUGGAAUUUACUUUUGCUCGUUCCCACUAUACAUAGGAGAAAUAUCAGAACCCAGAAUACGUGGUGCUUUGGUAGCUCUGUGCAGUAACGGCAUGCCAAUUGGAGGCCUGAUCGGAAGCUUGAUGGGACCUUACCUGUCAAUGGCGGAGUUCUCUUACACGAGUCUGGUACCUACCAUGUUAUUCCUCUUUAUUUUCCUACUGCUGCCAUCGUCGCCGCACUAUCUGGUACGAUCGGAGAAAAUGGAAAAAGCAGCAAAGUCAAUACAAUGGUACAGUCAGGAUGCUGACGUCGAUGCCGAACUCCUGGCAUUGAAAAAUUUCAUUGAAGCCAAUGGCAAGAAGCAGCCCUUCUGGAAAUUGCUCAAGGAGUUUAUCGUACCGAAAAACCGAAGAGCUCUUAUUCUGACAAAUGUACUUUUCCUCUUUAUGCAACUGAGUGGACUUUAUAGCAUUAUCUUUUAUUUGGAGAUCAUAAUGAUUCGUGCACAAGUGACGGCAGUGCAACCUGCUAGCGUGGUUAUCAUGCUGAGUGCUACAGGUAUGGUUUCUGGAUGGUUCGGUAUGUAUUUCAUCGAUAAAUACGGCAGGAGGGUUUUACUUUGUACAUCCAGUGCUGGAGUCGCUGUUGCUAUGACCUUGCUUGGACUUCACUUCAUGUUGCUGGAUUUGGGUUACGAUCCUCAGUUACUUCAAUGGAUAGCGAUAACGUCACUUUUACUUUAUCAGUUGUCCCUUUACAUCGGGAUUGUAAUGGUUCCGCCCACUAUACUCAGUGAAUUAUUUUCGCCGAAUAUCAAGAGCACUGCUUCCGCCAUUACGAACAUUAAUUCAGGACUUUUUUCAUUUGUCUCCAGCAAGACGUAUCAACCGAUGGUUGACGUCUUGACGGAGAAAUAUGUUUUCUGGAUAUAUGGUGUAUUCGUGCUGCUUCUUAUAAUCUAUACCAUCUUCAAGAUUCCGGAGACUAAAGGAAAGUCUCUUCAGGAGAUUCAAGAGAUAUUAGCUAAAACGUGAUUGCAUAGAGGAUACAAGCUUUUGUCUACUUAAUAAUCAUUGCAACCGAAUUUUUUAGAUAAUUCUCUGAUAUUGAUUUUCACUAGGCGAAAUAUUUUCAUUUUAUUUAAUUCUUCCACAAUUAUCCUCCUGUCUGUCUCGUCUCUUAUGCAACGGUUGAACGAUACAAUAAUCGUAUUCUUCGACUGAAUUGCCGCUGCUUCGAUAUUACAUUUAAAUCUAAUACCAGGAUUCAUAUUCAUUCCGGGAUGCAGUUUAACGUAGGAAAAACUUGUUGAGUUUUCCUGUAUGCGUAUUCGCGGUAUAUAUUAAAAGCGUCGCGGCGCUUAUCACCGACCGUGUCGUCGGGACGUUAUUCACUUAUUGCUACUAAAAUUUAUGAACUGCUUGUUGAUGUUCAAUCGCUGCAAAGUAAUUUCACUUUAUAACAUUACUGGGUAUUAUACAUAUACAUAUAUAAGCUCUGUAUCUUAGAAAGUUAAACAAUUUUGUUAAAUAAUAAUACAAUUGGUACUAAGAAAUUUCGUAAAUUUGCAUUAUUGUGCAAAGUCCUCACAUGAAAGAUAACGAAAACUAAAUAGCAUGAGUUAUAUACGAUUACAUACGUCGACGAUGAUUUUGAUUGUAUUAUCAACGUUAGUUCAACUUAACACAGCAACAAUAGAUUGUUAAACCACUGACAGCCUAUCCAAAGGAAUUUCAUAGUCACAAUGGCUAAUCGGCGGUGGAAACAAAAAAAAACCAAAACCUAUAUUUCUGACAUGUUUCAAGAUCAGUAAAAAAAAUGACGAAAAAGUAUCAGUAGUUAUUCUACUCAGUGACACAGCUGGUCCAGCAGCUGCAAAUAAUGACUGCCUAGCCCUCUCUCUGUACUUGGCCAAGUUCACGGUAUCAAAUUCGCCGUUAUCAAUUACGAUAAAAAAAUGUUCUUAGGCGGCAUCGCUUAUCAAUCUAGGACGACUAAUAGGCGCCGUCUUGGGUCCCAUAGCCGCCUAAUUUUUCGAGAGCAAAACAACGAUACUCACCGCGUCUCUGCCCUUUAUUGCCAUCAGCUGGGUUUUCACAGUUUUGUCUAACGGUGUCGAAUGGCUCUAUACGUUCAGGACGUUCAGUAGUUUCAGACGGGGAAUGUCUUUUAGCAGCUUCCCAUUAUUCCUUGUAACAUACGAUCCCAGCAUCCGUGGUGUUUUGGUUACGUUAGCCAUAUGUGGUUUACCGGUAGAGAAUUUAAUACGAACGAUAGGGAGCCACGUAUUUACCUAUGGCUCUUCUGGUCUGAAUCAGCCUUGGGCCAAGUUCGGUUCUUGCUGCUCUGUUCGUUUAUCUUUCCGAAUCACCGCACUAAUACGUACGAUAUCAGAAAACGAUAAAGGCCAAAGAAUCGAUACUUUGAUACAGUAGGGCUGCUGAUGUCGAGAUUAUUCUCAAUCCCUUUAACGAGAAACAGAGAAUUUCAGAUUCCUCAAAUGGUAAAUGUUACGGAACUUGUUACUGUUUUCUUUACGUAUGCAGGAUUUUUGGGCAUGCAUAUAGGUAAAUAUUGUUUCAUUUGGAGAAUUAAGUCUCACGACGGACAAGACGACGAAAAUAAUUUCGAUAAUUAUUUAUUUCCUUAGACCUGGUCACUCUGCAGAGCUACACAUGCAUGCUGCAUUAUUAGAACGACGAAACACUGUCAAAUAAUCUCGAAAAUUGGUAAUCUUUAUUUUUACUCUAAUCAAAAGUUAAAAAUGGGUCGAGACACGUGACAGGCGAAAAAAUUAAAAAAGAAAUAGAUUACGUAUUUACGGAGAAUAAAUGAGAUUUUAUUCUCGCCGAAGGAAGAUCCAUGCAAAUAUAUAGUGCCUGCUAGUAUACAUAUAUACAUAACAAGUUAUUACUUUACAAAAGCAGCAAUUAUCAUGCAAAUUCAUAUACCGCAAUACUCAAAGCAUCAACGUAAGCAAUUGCCUGUGCGUCCAUACACGCACAACACACGACUUGACUGCAAGCUCGACGCGCAGUACAUAAAUUGAUCAAUGCUACGCAAAAUACCACUAAAAAAGAAAUAUAUUUAGGGACAGAAUAGAAGAAAAAACUUUUCAUUAGAAAUGCAUAACAAGAGUCAUAAAUAAUGUACAAUACGGAAGCAAGUCAUAUAUUUAGAUAAUUUUCGACCUCCUAUUAAUCGCAAGAAACGCACGAGCAAACAGCAUAUAAAUUCGAACCAAGAUAAAUUUUAUUAUGCGGCCUUACGUCAAUAUACUUUUAAGCCUGUCAUGAAAUGCAAGCAUGACAUUCGUCGUCAUAAAAAAUUAAACGUCAAAUAUUUUUACCGAAACAUCAAAUGCGUGGCUAAUUCAACACACAACGACAAGUCAAGUAACGUACAAGCUAAUAAAUCUGCGAAGAGUUCGCCUCUGAAUGACACUUCCCAAUAAAUUCAAGUAAGUCAUAAUGGAAUAAUUAAUAUCGCUCAUAAAAGUUUAUCCGAAUAAUAAUCAGUGCGAAGUUCAUGAAUGAAGAAAUUUUCUGUAAGCGUUAUCUAUACAGUUUAAUAGUAUAUAUCUCGUUUCCAUCCUUUUA